AACUAGUGAUAAGCCAACUAGUCAGCCAUGUUCUUUUAUAGUUAAAUGAUAAUGGUCAGCCACCUCGGUAGCUUGCUAGCUGAAACAUUGAAGCUCUUUAGACUCGUUCAUGUAUAUUAUCCACUGUGUUUUAAACUCACUUUUGUCGUCUAGCUAGUUAUCCCAUUUAAUUUCAUAUUUACAUUGUUGUUAUUCAUCACCGAAGGUAGCUGUCUGGUUAAGUUCACUAGCCUAGAUAGCUAACUGUUAGCUAACAUCUCCGACCAUGAGUUCACUGAGCUACUCUCCUCCAGCUAAAGAAGAGGUCUGCUGGACGGAGAAAGAGGGUCUGUGGCUGAACGUUGUCGUGAAAGAAGAAGAGGAAGAGGAGGAUGUCACAGUAACAAAAGUAGAGGAUGAGGAUGUUGCAGUGAAAGAAGAAGAGGACGAGAAAGAGGAUGAUUCAGAUUUUGGAGAGGAGGGAGAGAUGACUGGUAUAUUGGAAGAAGAAGAAGAAGAGGACGAGGAUCUGAUUAACCCCAGAGAGAGACGUGACUAUCGUGGAUCCUCUGGGGAGCCUCAACAACAUCAUGAUGCUGAUGAGGCAGAGAAGAGUCUCUUCACAUCAGAACACCUCAAGAAACACCAGCGGAAACCCACAGGGAAGAAACUUCACCACUGCUCUGACUGUGGGAAGAGUUACUCAAGAUCAGAUUCACUAAAAGUACACCAGAGAAUUCACACUGGAGAGACAUCUCACUGCUGCUCUGACUGUGGGAAGAGGUUUACCUCUUCAGCAGACCUUAAAAGACAUCAGAGAAUCCAUACAGGAGAGAAACCUUAUAGCUGUGAUCAAUGUGGAAAGAGUUUUAAUGUUCCAAGCAGCCUGAAAACACACCAGAGAACACACACAGGGGAGAAACCUUAUAGCUGCGCUGACUGUGGGAAGAGUUUCUCAAAAUUAUAUACAUUACAAUCACACCAGAGAAUUCACACUGGAGAAAAACUUUAUAGCUGCUCUGACUGUGGGAAGAGUUUUUCAAAAUUAUAUACAUUACAAUUACACCAGAGAAUUCACACUGGAGAGAAACUUUUUAGCUGUGAUCAAUGUGGGAAAAGGUUUACUCACUCAAGCUGCCUGAAGGUACAUCAGAGAACACACACAGGAGAGAAACCUUAUAGCUGUGAUCAGUGUGAGAAGAAAUUUGUUACAUCUAGCAGUCUGACUAUACACCGGAGAUCUCACACAGGAGAGAAACCUUAUAGCUGUGAUCAAUGUGUGAAAAGUUUUACUUCAUCUAGCCAUCUGACUAUUCACCAGCGGACACACAAGAGAGAAACCUCAUAGCUGUAAUCAAUGUGGGAAGAGCUUUAUCCAAACAUCCUGAUAUCACACCAGAGAACACACACAGGAGAGAACUCAUAGCUGUGAUCAAUGUGAUAAGAGAGAUGCUGGUAAAAUUUAGAAAAUACAUACAUGAAGUUGUUUCAUGAUGUCAAUAAAAUGUCACAAUGUAGAAUGUUA